UCCGGGUCCAAACUCCCAACCCGUGGAGAGCAUGGAUGUAUUCCGGAAUAAAGUAAAUUAAAGUGAAUGAUGUCUCCAGACUCGGAGCAGAGCGAUGUCUCUCUCCCUGUCUCUGGAAUACUGAUAGCAGUGGUGUCGAGUUUCAUCAAUGGCUCCACCUUUGUGCUGCAGAAGAAGGGGAUAUUACGCUCCAGAGACAGAGGGGGGUCUUACCUCACAGAUGUGGUGUGGUGGGGGGGCACUCUGGCCAUGAUUGUUGGUCAGAUUGGGAAUUUCCUGGCGUAUAACGUGGCCCCCGCUGUGAUCGUCACACCUCUGGGAGCCCUGGGAGUGUUAUUUGGGGCUGUGCUGGCCUCGUGGAUCCUGAAGGAGGAUCUAAACAUUCUGGGGAAGCUGGGCUGUGUUUUAUGCUGCUGUGGCUCCGUGGUGCUCAUCAUCCACGCGCCUAAAGCCGAGACUGUGACCUCCAGAGAGCAGCUGGAGGAGAGUCUGGCAGACCCAGUGUUUGUGAGCUACGCCCUCCUGGUGGUGCUGCUGCUGCUCGUCCUCAUCCUGUUUGUUGCUCCGGCUCACGGCUCCUCUAACAUCAUGGUGUACGUCUCCAUAUGCUCCCUGCUGGGCAGCUUCACCGUGCCCUGCAGCAAGGGCCUGGGCCUGGUGGCGGGGGAGGUGUUUGGGGCCGAUGGGGGUCGCGCUCUGCCUCUCUUCCUCUUCCUGCUGUGCACGCUCGCCGUCAGCAUCCUCCUGCAGUUCCUCUACAUCAACAAGGCCCUGCAGAGCUUCAGCUCCAACGUGUUUGAAGCCGUGUACUAUGUGGCGUUCACGUGCUCCGUGAUCGUGGCGUCAGCUCUUCUGUUUAAGGAGUGGACGGCUCUGACGGCCACACACAGCCUGGCCCUGCUCUGCGCUCUCACCACGGUGUGUGUCGGAGUCGCUCUGCUGCGCAUCUCACAGGAGGCCGAGGUCACCUGGAAGAAGAAGACGGACUGAUGGAGAUGAUUUAUGUUUACAGGCCGUUAUGACACAUUAGGUAUUCCAUCCAUGCAGGUAGCAUUCCUCAUAACAUACUUGAUUGGUCAAAGCUCAGUUUAAAUGAACAAUUUAUAACUACCUUCACUUAACAUUUAACUUGAAUCUCUUGCCGUUUCUUAUGGAAAGUUAUCAGUUACUGUGUAACCUAUAAUUAAUUAAAGAGGCCCUAUGCUUUUGGGGGUUUCCGUUUCCUGUAGUGUGUUUUUAUAGGUUUUUGUGCAUGUAAAUGGUCUGCAAAGGCUAAAAUACCAAACUUCCUCUCCAACCAAUCAGAGCAAACUGGGCUUUGGUUUCAGACAGAGGGUGAAAAGAGGUGCUGCAGCACAGGCAGUGUGAAUACUGAUAUCAACCUGAACUCGAGCAUACUAUGUCCUCUUUAAAUAACACCUGGGUAACAGUAACAGUUAAUUUGCCAUGUUAUAUUUUGCCUAUUUGCAAAUAGGUACAAGAGGCUUAACGAACAUAUGCAACCUGUUAAAUAGAAACUUAAAAUAAUUGAAUACGCUCUUUGAAAGUUCCUCCAAUGAAAGACUAUAUCACCGACACUUUUAUUCAGUGAGCCUGUGAAUUAUUCAGUGUAACUUAAGAAGCAGCCUCUUUAGUCCAGGAGCUGUGAAGACGAGUUUGAACAAUGACUGAAUUAUCUCUAUGUCUGAUAGACCAAAUAUAAACUUUAUAUUUUUUUUUUUAAAUGUGGUAACUGUGAUGUGAUGUCAAUUAAUUGUUGACUAAUUUGAUUAUGGACAAUGUAUUUAAAAAAUAUGUUUGCAUUAAUUUCUACUAUUUGUCAUAAAAGUUUAAAAAACACGCGUUUAAAUGUAGUUGUACUUCAAUUUUACUAAUACAGAUUACUAUACAUGUCCAUCCAUCCAUCCAUCUUCUCCUGCUUAUCCGUGGCCGGGUCGCGGGGGUAGCAGUUCCAGCAGAGAGCCCCACACUUUCUUUUCCCUGGCCACAUCAACCAGCUCUGACUGGGGGAUCCCAAGGCGCUCCCAGGCCAGCGAAGAGAUAUAAUCCCUCCACCUGGUCCUAGGUCUACCCCUUGGUCUCUUCCCAGCUGGACGUGCCUGGAACACCUCCCUAGGGAGGCGCCCACGUGGCAUCCUAACUAGGUGCCCGAACCACCUCAACUGGCUCCUUUCGACGCGAAGGAGGAGCGGUUCAACUCCGAGUCCCUCCCGAAUGACCGAAAUACUAUAUGUAUUACUAUACAUGUAGUUAAAAAAUAUAUAUGGGACUCGUACUUUCAUUAAAGUAUUAGUUUUAACUCCUCACCAGUUGUUCACAAAUGAUGUUGUCCAUUAUUUGUAAUAAUGUACACAAUUUUCAAUAAACAAGGAUUUUGCUACA